AUGGCACAGACCAUGGCACAGACACAAGUGCCCAUCAAGUCCAAGGAGUUGCAUCCCAGGCCUAUGCAGCUCAGGUUCAAGGCCAUCCAAGUCAUGGUGGCACUGCGCAAGGAGUGCAACCCCAGCUCCAGGCAGCUCAAGUGCAAGGUCACCCAAGUCAUGGUGACACUGCAGGAGUGCAAUCUCCUGCUCAGAUCCAAAGCCCUUCUCAUCAUGGUGCCCCUCAAGGAGUUCAAUGUCCUGCUCAAAGCCCAGGCCAUUCAAUGCAUGGUUGAAGCCAACCGCAUGACUCAAGCCCAAGAUGGCCAAGGCCAAGGUGGCAUGGAGGUGAAGACUGAGCCCUCUUACUGGGAAGCUGGCCAUGAGUCUGCAGGUGGCUAUGAUUCUGCAGGCACAUGGUGGGAGAAGGAUGCAGAGGUGGAGGGAUUGUGGUGGUACUACCGCCCAGGCAAAUCUUGGGGACGCUGGAUGGACAAGACAGAUGGAAAUUCAAUGCCUGGUGGCUGGGCAAACAAGAUGGCUGUGCUGUUGCAAAUGUACCAGGCCAGUGAGUUCACAGAGUUGAAGCGUACUUUGGCUCGCCUGUCAGAGCACCAUGCAAUGCAACAGCCAGUGCAAAAA